AUGGAUAAUAUCUAUGAGUUCGGUGCCAAGUUGUUAUUUUCUGCUGUUGAGUGGGCCAAGAAUAUUCCAUUUUUCAAUGAACUUAGUGAUACUGAUCAAUUGACACUACUUCGAGCAAGCUGGGCCGAAUUGUUCGUAGUGAAUGCAGCACAGUUCGGUAUGCCGGUACAUGUAGCACCUUUACUUGCUGCCUCUGGUUUGCAUUCCUCUCCUCCGUUACCAACCGAUCAGCUAGUUGUAUUCAUGGAUCGGAUACGUGUUUUCCAGGGUCAAAUCGAACGUUUAAAGGCACUGCAAAUGGACUCAGCUGAAUUUUGCAGCCUGAAAGCAGUUAUAUUAUUUAGUGUUGAUUGUUGUGGGCUAAAUGAUGUUAUACGAGUGGAAACGAUACAGGAAAAGGUUCAAUCGGCACUGGAGGAAUACUGCAGGACACAAAAGCAAUUGCAGGUCGGACGAUUCGGUCGUUUGUUGUUACGAUUGCCGAGUUUAAGAUCGAUCAGUGCAUCUGUAAUCGAGCAGUUAUUUUUUGUGAAAUUAGUUGGCGAAACACCAAUCGAAUUUCUACUCAGGGAUAUGCUUGGAACGCAAAACGAAAAUGUUAUCAAGUCAUUUGUUUGGCCUUGUCAGCUACGUUUAUGA